GUGUUGUAAGUCAUUACUGAUGCGUCGUUCUAUUGUUCCAAGCACGUGGCAUGAAUUCGAAACAAACUGGACAAAACUCAUCUCGCUACUUCCACAUUUAACGCGAAAACGCACGCACGGGAUCGCGCGUACGAGGCAGACGUUGAGGAAUUCGCAAACCGUGAAGGUAACUCGCAAACCCUCACGGACGAUACCACGGUAAUUUUCACUUGAUUCCUGUGUUUUGAUUAUAUUCGUGCCUCCGGCCGACACUUGGCGCGCAAACCCCAUUUAAAAACACAUAAGCAAACCGACUAAGGAGCCGUGGAACUAACCAAUCACAAAGGUGCGCGGCGAAUCGGGGGCGGAGCAACGAGCGGGUUUUGCUUCCCAUCAUUGGUUCUUUUGUGUUAGCGUGAGGUGACGUGUCACGGCGUCACAGAGAAACCAACGCAAAUUCAAGUUGGACGUAAAUUAAAAAUAGAAAUUGCCACGAUCAGUUUAAGCUUGUCCACUCGCUGAUAACGUGUCAAGCGCAACAGAACUCGAACUCCUACCGACCGUGAGAUAGAAAUAUCGUGCACCUGUGGCUUCGACGACUCGUGUUUCGAACUGAAACCAACUGACUGGCUCGAACCACUGAACUUUGUCCGCGCUUGGUAGAAUAGAGUAUUUUAAUUUUCCUUCUCGUACGAGUCACUGAAACGCGUUUGUAAUGAUGGUUUUCCAAGGAAGCGAGCUCAAUUCGCCAAGCCCGCCGCCUCAAGUUCCCACUGUAGACGAGCCCGAGGAAGAACCCAAGAAAUCGCUUCAGCACGUCAAACGCCCCAUGAACGCGUUCAUGGUUUGGAGCCAGAUCGAGCGCAGAAAAAUGGCAGAAGAGCACCCCGAUAUGCACAACGCCGAGAUCAGCAAGCGCCUCGGAAAGCGCUGGAAACUGCUGUCGGAGAGCGAGAAGAGACCGUUCGUAGAGGAAUCGGAGCGACUUCGCAUUAGACACAUGCAGGCUUAUCCAGAUUACAAAUACCGUCCACGCAAGAAGAAGCAGCCUAGUAAGCAGAAGAACAACGCUGGUGGACAGGAGGGGAAAACUUCAUCCUCUACGGAAGGACACUCGAGAAAGAACCUCCCCGAGGCAGUGGGUACGAAGCGUGAGGCACUGCCCGGCGCGCACGCAUUUCCUGGACUGGGUUCUUCCAAGAAACACGCUAGUUCUCUGGGAGAGCAGCCAGCGUUUAAGAAACAACGCCGCGACUUCGUUUCGCCAAUCACCCCGCCGCCGAACGUGCCCGAUGCGAUCGGAACAACACCAGAGGAUCCCAUUGAUCAGCUAUCCUUGUACGACGACUUCGAACAGGCGUUCAAACAGGAUCAGCAGGUCCCUGUGAGCGUGAAUCACAGCCAACAGAUUCCGAACUCGUGGCCAAGCUUAGAAUUUGGCAACGUGAACUUCAACGGCUUGCCUGUCUCGCCAUUACUUGAUCUGAACGGAGCAAAUGGCGGCCAAUUUGAUUUUCCCGAUCUCUACACUCCGCCAGAGGUUUCAGAGCUUAUUCAAAGCCAGUGGCUUGAGAACUCUCUAGGGCAUUUGUAGCUGAUUGCAAUUUUCGCCGUUCAAGUAUUAACUGGUGGAAGGACACUGCUUUUGACUUGUGGAAUUUCCACUUCAUGCGAUUUUUAUAAACACUGAGACAUUUCCAGGAUCUUGUUUGGACCUUCGACUUUUCUAACCGCUAUGGACACGCUUUUCUGUGUAUAUUUUUUUCGACCGAAGAAGUUUAUUUCGUUUUUUUGUAUCGACGGAUGUAUUCUCGUUUUAGAGAGCUUUUAUUACGAUAAUUGUACAAAAAAAGGAUUCUAAAUAAUUUAAUAGUUCCCUGAAGUGUUGUAUUUUUACUAAAUUUCUCUCUUUCCUCGGCCUGAGGAGCGUGUUUUAAAGUGAAUUGAAAUUGAAGAAGAGAAAAUUAUAAUACCAUUAUUAUGAAAAUUUAAACUCCGUGUGUUUAUUCUUCUCACGCGCGCGCGCUAAACACGCAUGGCAACCUCGCGCACAACUGUUUAAAAAACCGAGUUGCGAAAGCCAAAUAACUGUAAUCUUUACUGAGACGUCAAUGACUGUUUCGCGUUUUCGCCUGCAAUAGAAAAUUCAUGACUGCCGCAAAAAUUGCAACACGGUGUUUAGUUAGCUGCUAGCGUUCUACGCAUCGUUGAGCAAACUGAAUUUUUUAUGACGGUGGAAUAGAACUUGCGGCGGGUAGUUUGAGUUAGGUUACUUGUAUUCUAAGGGGGGAAGAGAAAAACAAAUUAAUACUAUAUUAUGCCAACGUGGUAUUAUUGCGCCGAUGAAAAUCGAGAGUUUUCGACGAGGAAAGAUAGCGCGUCAGUUGUCAUUUUGGGCGGGGUAGGACGCUAGUGCAUCUGUUUUUUGACUGCAUAUUUUAAACGGAGCUUUCCAAGGCAUUUAAAUUUGAAUCAGAGUUGAUUAGCUGGUCAGGAUAAUCCGCCUUAAACGUAUUCUACGGAUGGGAGUUCACGAGGUUGAAUAAACGGUUUAGAGAGCGCGCGAUUUCGUUUCCUAAAAUGAUAUUUGAUCUGUUGAAGGAAGCUUUGGGUUUUUCCCUGCUAAAACGUGUCCACUUAGCGCCGCCAUAAAUAUUUUAUGUGAUCGUAAUGGACCAUGGAGGCUAGGUGCAGAUCACGAGGUUUGAUUUCAAAUAAAAAAACAACAAUCUCAUCAAAACUAACAGCUCGCGCGCAAGCACAGCCAGCGUGCAGAACACGCAAGCGUAUUUCAACACAGCCGCCUGCACAAAAUAAUAAAAAAAACCCAACACGAGGUAGUGUUUACCUAUUUUCAAAUACAAAAUUAUGCCUCGUGCGUAUUUCCUCCAGCGGAUAUUGACGUAUUCAACUGCUAAUUUGCAGCCAUUUGGAGCGAAAAAAAGAAAAGAUCUCGUGGGGACACGAAUUAGCGUGUGUUUGCAGUGGACGCGAAACUCCGCUUUUCAAAUGUUGGCUUUCGCAAGAGCGGCCAUACAGCAAGGCACGCGUCAGAACGUGCCUCUUUGUUCUCCGACCAAUCAGAGAGCCGCUUUCAGACAAUCGUCAACAAUAACAAAACAAUGGCUGGCGCGUGCGGUCAAAAUUCCACCCGUCGAUUGGUUGAUCCGCGCUGAUCGCACAUGCCGAUUGUAAAUUGCAAUGUCGCGGGGUUUUCCUGUUUACAAAUGCGCCACUUUGCACGCUACCUGAAGUGACUAUUAUUUGCUGUUAUGACCGAUUCCAGCAACUUCGUUCUAAAACGUAUAGGAACGUACGAUCUGACUGGAAAUCGGCUGGGCAAGGGCAACUUCGCCUACGUCGAGUUAGCCACGAAUCGCAUCACCAAAACCAAGGUAGCGAUGAAAGUCAUAGACACACGUAAAAUCAAAGAUGAAUACGUCAGGAAAAACAUCCUACGCGAAGCGCUGCUCCUGAAGAAAGUCAAUCACCCCAACAUUGUCCGAUUGUACGAAACCCUCAAACAGCACUCUAUUUACUGCAUCGUGACCGAAUAUGUUCCCGGAGGCGAGUUACUGAGCUAUUUGCGUCGGCAGAAUGACUCGAAAUUGAGCGAAUCACAGGCCAGGCCGAUCAUGAGACAGCUCAUUUCCGCGUUGUACCACAUGCAUCAAAGUGGAAUCGUUCAUCGGUAAGAACAAAAUUGCUUCGAAAUAAAGAGCUAAAUUUAGAUGCAUACGGUCUACACCGCGUGGGUUAUUUUUCUACAUUGUAAUAAUCAGCGGUUGAGGUUGCUAAGAGAUUUAAAAAAAACCUAAAAGCGCUUGUACAAUUUUACUACAAGAGAGAAAGACUUUGUAAACUUGCACAAAAAGUUGCACCUUUAAGCUAGCACCACGUUUUUUUUUUUUCUUUAUUUUUACAUUUUGUAGUUUUAUUUUUAUGAUAAUUUGCGGUCAAAGUCGCUUGGAGAUCAAAGACAAACGAAAAAAAUGCCCCUUUUGAAAGAGAGUGAGAAGAAAUCUCUUCUUUGGCUGACAGUAAACAUUCCACUUCGAAUUUUGGACGCUAGUUCACAAGACAAAUUUUGCAGCCGGGCAAAGCUAAAAUCGCUUGCGCAAUUAUGAAGGUAUAAAAUGUGCCGGAGAAGAUGUCAAAAGUACGGAAUUCACUUUGAACGUAACAAGAACUUAAUUUUCCCUGGUGACGUAUUUUCAAUGCCUGUUUCCCUCGCCAUUAGCACUCGGAAAAGCACAGAAUAGCUGCAUUUAUUUUGUGUCAUAUCACACUCUCUGCUUUUGUUGCGUUAUUUGCUCCCCUCUGAAUACAUUGCGGUAAUUAAUUACAUAGCUUACGGCUGUUUCUGAGCGACUGAAUAAAUUACCGUCUCCAGGAUGUUUGAGAGGCACAGUAAUCUGCGAUAAAUGUUGAAGGAAACUUAUUCCCUCGUUCUUUAGACUUAAUAUCAGCCUGAUUUUGAUCUUGAUCUCCUUCAUGAACAAAAAGUAAAAAUUAACGACUGAAAGAACGGAACGGAAACCUCGGCUAAGCCUUUCACACUUAGAAGAAAUAUUACAGUUCUGUAUAUUUCAGCGAUUACAAAAGUUUUCAAACAAUAACAUUAAAAGCGGUUCUUUCCUGCUCUGUUUUCCCAUUGCGGAAAUAAAGGAAAAACUCAAAGUGUAUUUCAAGACACAACAAUCGAUGUAUUCACAACUGUACAUGAUGACUUCCGAAACUUUUAGACGCAAGCUCUUCAAAUUCUCGCGUCGACUUUGAUCAUUAUUUAGCCAGCUGCCGUUCGCUUUUCAUCCUUCUUUUAUGAUGGCGAAAUGUAUUCAUCUUUGAAGGCUUAAAUCUCCCUGCUUCUUGUUAUUUUGUCUGACAAUUGGGAGAUAAAAUUAAUGACUCUGUUAAUGCCUAAAUUUAAGAAGCCAUCUGGCCGCCUAUCUCCAACUGAGUCAUAAAUAAUUGACAAAAUUUUUUCCAAGUGAAAAAUUAAAAAAACACUUAACGAAAGCAACAAGUGUGUAGAAUUAUCACGCUUGUUUUGAAACACGGCUAGCCAUUCUUUUAAUUCAGAACACGUCGUAUCUGAAAAAAUACUCCGAUCGAAGGCUUGUGGCACUAAUUUCUGAGUUCAUCAGCGCGUUCGGAAGCGAAAACUCGAGAACCAAAAUAACGACUGAUAAAAACCGUCAACAGAAAAAAAAUGCAUAUAUUCAUGUAAUCAAAAAAACUACACAAACGAGAAAAUUUCUCAAUUGUUUUCGUGCAAGCAAACAGCGGCAAAAGAAUUUACUGUUGUACGAAGAGAAAAGAGUUACUGUAGUUGAAGCGAACAAUAACUAACUCGUUGAGAAACUGUGUUUAGUAACAUCUUAAAAAGAGACGUACGAACGGAACUGUGUUUAUACCAAGUAAAUUGUGAAUUAUUCAUACCCGAAACUGAGCCUUUUAUUAUCAGUUGAUAUAUUAGAGACCACAGCUGUCAAUCACUUUUAACAUGUGUCAAUCAAACAGCCUUCUCUUAGCCUGACACACCCAACUCAAACAGCUUGAGCCACACCUUAACACGAAUUUACAAGAACUGUGCAGCUUGUGGCAUGCGUUAUUCGUCUGGAAAAAAUAUGAAGUUUUUAAAGACUCGUGAAGAGAGAUUUGCCAAAAAUAAAUUGUUCAAGAAGCUGCUAGUGACAUAUAGGAAGCAUGUCACGUUAGUUAAAGAGUAAUGGCAGGGGAACUGCCCAAAAAAACUGAAUAUAUCUUAGGAUGUCUCGAUUUCGUGAACCAA